AUGACUCAAGUUCCGCAAGAUAUGCUGAAAAUAUAUCCAAACCCAAUCAUCUUACGGGAUUUAGAGGUAGGUGAAACCGAUACAGUGGAGUUUUUAGCCACAAAUUACUCGAAAAAUUCAUUAAAAUUACGUUUUUCUCUUCCUCCAAAGUCUAAUUUUCAAUUAAACAAUGUUGCACACUUUUCUUUGAGUCCUGGUUUGCAAACAUCACGUAAAAUCACUUUCAAAGCAUCUGAUAAAUAUGAAGAAGCACAGCUCCUUGUUUCUUCGCCAAGUUUUGAAGAUUUCACGAUUCCCGUCAUCUUCUACCCACCAUCUCCAUCAAUCGAGAUCAAUAAAAUGCAUUUCGACCUUGGCAAUAUCAGUUUACGUUUUCCUCAAACUCAAUUCUUCAAGAUAACAAACUUCGGUACAAAGGAUGGCAAUUUUACAAUUACAUGCAAUGAUAAAGACGUCGAAAUAUUCCCAACAACGGGUUUUAUUCAAUCAAAUCAAACUCAUAAAAUACAAUUCGAAAUUGAGCCUACAAAAGUUGGUCCUGUACAAUAUACAAUCAAUGUUGUAUGCGAAACUGCAUCAAUUAAGUCGCAACAAGUUAUUGUAAAUGCAAAUGUCCAAGAUCAUUCUGUUCAAGUCUUUCUAGGUAAAGAAGAAGUUGGUACAGUCAAUUUUGGUCGUGCUUUCUUUGGCCAAAAGAUCAAAAGAACAUUACAAAUUGUAAAUAACGCUCCUUUCAAAAGAAUGUUCGUAAUUCAAAUACCAUAUGAUCCAACUGAAAAGAGAUUGAAAACAAAGCAAAUUUUCACUCCUUCUCCGAUCGAAGGCGAAAUUGAAGGAAAUACAACAAAAGAUAUCGUUUUUUACUUCAACCCGCCAAUAGAAAAGGUUGAAAGCGAUGACGAAAUAUUUUAUGAACACGAGACACGUCUAGAUAUUGUAAAAACUCCAAUUUCUAUUCCAUUAAAAUUAUCUGGAUCUGCAGUUCCUUCAAAAUUCAAAAUUAGUAGCUUAGACUUCUCAUUUGGUGAAAAACUAGUCAAUUCGUCAACAUCCCAAGAGAUGGAAAUCGAAAACAUAUCAACAAUUAAAGAUAUAACUUUUAAUAUCAAGAAAGUUGCACAUUAUCACUUCACUCCAAUGUCAGGAACCAUCAAGACAGGCUGCAAGAAGGUCAUUACUGUCUCAUUUGAUCCGAAAUCCCUUGGAGUUAUAAAUACAACUACAAUCAUGGAAAUUUGCGACGGAUUGGUUGCGCGCCAUAUCACUCUUAGUGGAACAUCAGUGUCCACAAUCAAUAUGGGCACGAAAGGACGAGUUCCUGUUUGGGAAUCAGAUCCAAAUGUGAAGUACCUAUUAGAAUAUCCAAGAAUGGAAUACGGAUUCACGAUGAAGGACAUCAAUGAUAAAGAAAAGCAGAAGGAAGAGUUCGAAGAAUUCAUUGACCAAGAAUCAUCUCGAAGAAGUGAGAAAGAAAUGAGGGUAAAACUGAAAGAACAAGCAAGAACAGAUGCAAGACAUUUAUUACAAUCAACAAUUCCGAACUUUACUGAAGACCAACUUAAUAAAGCUGCAGAAAACCGUCUCGAAGCAUUAGUUAAAGGAUACGAUGACCCAAUUAACUUCGGAAUGAGUUACGCUGAUGGUCUGGAACCUCCUGCUCCUCCUGCUGACCAAAUACUCUCAGCAAGAGCUCCAAGAAAUAAAUCAGGAAACAUCAAAUCACAAAAAGGUGACAAAAAAGGCAAAAACGCUAAAACAUUCAAGACGAAACCAACGACAAAUGCCGAAAUCGCAGAGUGCUCAAAGCCUUUGUCACCUUCCCAACAACUCUCUGUUUUCAUGGACAAAGAAAAAUUAGAAUUCGGGGAAGUUCCUGUAACCGCCAAGAAAAUUUUGCCUGUCACUUUUACAAAUAAUUUGACACAACAUGUUUUUGUUCAAUUAAAGACAGAUGACUAUCCUGAGUUCAACUUAACUAAGCCAAAUGCUCAAGUUGUUCCUCCAAACACAAAUGUCACAUUUGAAAUUGUUUUAUGUGAUUCCGAAUUGAAAGUUAUCAACAGACAACUUAAAUAUGUUGUUAAUAAUACUCAUGAAGGAAUCAUCAGUUUAACAGGAAAGACAAUACCAAUUGAACUUAAACUUUCAAAGAAUUUUGUCAAUUUUGAUUUGACAACAAUUUCAGGAAACAAUUUCCAAAUGAUGAAAGAUUAUGUUACAAUUGUUAAUCCAACAGAAGCAGUUGUCAAUGUUCGAUUGUAUGGUUUUUCAGAAAACUUUUCAUUCCAACCAUCAAAUGGUCAGAUACAACCACAUGAAUCUCUUUCAUGCGAAGUUUUCUUUAAACCAGGCCAGAAACAACAAAACGAGACACAAGGAAUUCUUAGUGUAAAAGGUGGUCCGAAUUUGAAUUUUACUAUCACAGUCAAUUGUGGAAAUCCUGUUAUUAGUCUUGACCGAAAUAAUUUAGAUUUCGAAUUGGUUAGUUUAGGAAUUAAUAACAUUUUAGAUUUCAACAUGAAGAACACAGGAAAUGAUCAAGCAUUGUUCUUCAUUUCUCCAUUGUCAUGUGAAGAUUUAACAAUUAAUCCAAUGUCAGGCAAGAUUCUACCACAUGAUUUAAUUAAUUUCAUUGUUGGUUUGAAAUGCACAAAACCUAUUUCUAUCAAAGAGAAAGUUGAAAUUGUCAUUUGUGGACAAAACGCACAAUAUGUUAAUGUUUGUGGUCAUGCAGAGAAUCCACAAAUAGAAUUAUUGUUUGAGAAUUUAGAUUUCGGAAAGAUAUUUGUUGGUAAUACAGAAAGUCGUAAAUUUACUAUCAAAAACACAGGACAUAUUCCUGCAAUUGUUACAUUAGAUAUGACUAAUUAUGAACAAUUCACUAUUGAAUAUGAUCUAGAAUUAGGAAAUGCCGCAUUCAAUGGAACUCAGAAUUCAAUUAUUAAUACAACAGCCAUGGGAACAUUGUCUAGUUUAGAUUUAAGUAUGGUAUCAUCAAACAGUUCUAGUAAAACUAACAUUCAAGGCUUAACAUAUAAAAUCACUAUUAUAGAAGGAAGUGAAGUUAGUUUUGACUUAAUUUUCAAACCUAAUAUUGUUGGAGAUUUCACAUUUGAAAUGCCAUUACAAAUGGCAGACAACACUUUCAUUACAUCUUCAGUUCAACCUAUGGUUAUUGCAGAAUCAAUCCAAUCUCCUUUAGUUUCAUCAAUGAAUGCAAUGGACUUUGGAUUGACACCAAUUUAUGAUGCUUUGAAUCCAAACAUCAGACCAAACAUGAAACGAUUUAUUCUUACAAAUAAAACUACAAACAAAAGUGUUAGUUUUCGAAUUACAUCUACUAUUUCAGAUGAAAUCUUUUUGAUCGAGCCGAAGGAAGGAACAGUCAAUGUCAAUGAAGAGAUUCCAGUUGUUGUUACAUUCAGACCUUCAUCAAAUGAUCCAUUUGUUUCUAGUUUGACAGUCUACGCAAAACCAGAACGAGAAGAAGAAAUCAUUACAACACGAAUUUUAGUUUCAGGUAGUGGAUAUAAUCGUCAGUUCAGAUGUGAAGUCGACAACAUCACAUUACCAGUUGUUCCAUUGAAUAUCAAAGCAGAACGAACAGUUCGAAUCAUCAACACAAGAUUCAUUGAUUCGAAGAUCGAAGCAGUUUUACCAAUUUCAGAGAAGAAUUUCCCAUUAACAGUCACAUUUCCAGAAGGAAACAUGUUACAACACUCAUUAGUUAGUACACCUAUGACUAUCUCAUUCGUUAGUGAUAAACCUAUGAGUUUCAGCACAAUGAUUGCUAUUGUUGAUUCACAAGGUUCAAGUUACAAUGUCACAGUUUCAGUUUGUACCGAUAAUUCAGUUUUUACGUUGUAUCCAGUUUUGUCAUUCAGUUGUUUCAACAUUUCUAAUAUCCUUGGUCGACCAAUUACAGCAUCAACAAAGAACCAGAUCCCAGAUGAUUUCAUUGCACAAUUCUCAAACAACCAAGGCUUAUACGAUGAUUUGAAGAAGAUGCGUUCAUACAAAGCUAAUGAGAUUUCUAUCAAUUUCAUUAUCUCAUUUUUGAAUGCAUUUGUUAUGUCUAACAAGAUUUCUGUUUUUCCAGAGAAUUUUUCUAAUUCCAAAGGAGAUUUGAUUUACAAGAUGAUUGAUAACUUGAGUGGUAAAAAGAAUUCUAUGAAGAGUGACAACACAACAAGUAUUAACAAACUGAAAUGUUUGUUGCAAAAUCUUAUGACAGUUGGAUGCCAUGUUUCUCGUAUCCGAGCAGAAUAUCUUCUUAACAAAGAAGAAUUCAUUGAAUAUUACACACGAAAAAUCAUCCGACAAAGUUUAGGUAUUGAUUACAUUCAAGCACCUGAUAUUUCAACAUUGAAUCAAAAGAGUGUUAAUCAAUACAUCACAUCUAAACUAUUCCAAGAAAAGAUGAACGAAAAGAAGAAGAUCAUUGAGAAACUUUAUAAACCAUUGAGUCAAGAAUCAUGGUUAUAUUUGAUCAACCAAGUUUUGAAAGUUUAUUUAGUUUCUAAAUUCAAUGGUGAAAAGAUGAAUCAAAUUCCAGGAUUUAUUGAUUCCAUGAAACAACUGAAACAAAUUGGAAAAGACAACAUCUAUAAUGAUGUUAAUCGUCCACCACGAAUUCUCACAGCUUCUAAUGUUUUGUCAACAAACGAAUGUGCAUUGAUGAAAUGGAUUAAUUGUUAUUAUUGUUUGUCUAAGAAGUGCCAAGAUGUUACUCCAAUCCAUUCAUUUUUAGAGUUGCGAAAUCCACAAAUCUUGGCAAGUUGUUUCACAUCAUUGAUCCAGAACUCAGCAUACAAACAUUCCGAAAACAUGGAAGAGAAUGCAUUUUCAUUACAAAAACUUAUCCAAAGCUUACGAUUGAACUUCACUCCAGAUACACCAGCUUUGUUACAUGGUAAUGAACCAACAUUAUGUUUAUUGUCAUUCGAGAUAUUCCAAACAUUGCCACAUUAUGUUCCUACUAAAACUAUUGAAUUUGAAGUCGAAUUAAAUAAUACUAUCACACAAAAUCUUACUAUUUCUAAUCCGUCUCGGAACGAAAUCAUUUAUAGUAUCAGUCUUUCCGGUUCAGACAAUUUCACAUGUGAAGACAAGAAAGUCACACUAUCACCAGGUAAAUCGACAAACAUUCCUAUUUCAUAUUUCGCACGAUCACAUCAUUCAGACCGAGGCACUAUCACAUUGUUGCCAAACAGACCAAACACUAACAACAAUGCACCUGUUCAAGUAUCAUCUAUUGUUGUUGGGUUAGUUUCAAAUGUCGUUGUUAAUGAACCAAAACGACAAUUCGAAAUGAAAGGACAACUUUAUUUGCCAACAUCAUUCACAAUUCCAAUCCAAAACGAGACCGGGAAAGGAGGCAAAUUCAAUGUUGUUUAUCAAUAUUCAUAUACAACAGAGAAUGGAUAUUCGGUUGGUAUGCAACCUCUUAAAGAAUUUGUUUGUGCAGGUCGAUCAUUGAACAAAACACUUUCUAGCAAGAACUUGGUUAGUGAAAUCUCUAUUCAUGUUCCUUUUGUCAUUGAUGAAGGAACUAUAGUUUUACCUGAUUCGAAAGACGAACAAGUUCCAUUCAAUGUUGUUUUCAUUCCUAUCUGCAUUGGUAAGUACAAACUUCAAAUUUUGAUAUCGAAUUCAUUAUGUGGUGAGUUUGUUUAUGAAUUGAAUGCAGAGAGUGAAGUGAAUUACGAUGCAGAAUCCACAUCUAAUGUUAAAUGCGAAGAAAACUCUAAAUUGUCAUUGAACUUGAAUGUUGAAGCCGCUAACAAGAUGCUUGCUAAUGCAUUGGCAUACAGCCGAAUCAAACUAUCAUCUGCUUAUCAAUGGCCACUUCCAGAGAACAAAUUCAAAGAUUUAGUUAAUCAAACAACUCGAGAAAUUCUUAAUUCAUUCAUGAAGAAUCUCGAAACUAAGUUCACAUUAACAUACAGUUCACAAUAUUUCAGUGGUCCACAUGAAUUUGUUUUAGGAAGUAACACCGUUAUUCCAUUAACAUUCUCACCUCCGAAAGCAGGUUCAUACACAUGCAAAGUUAUUUUGUCAUCUCUUUUUGAUACAAGGACUAUUAAAGUUAAUGGAACAGCUACACCCCAAACAAAGAACAUCUCCAUCAUGUUCGAAACUACGGCAGGUAAGAACAUCACACAAGAAAUUCCAUUUAAUAAUCCAUCCGACCAAUUAUGGAAUUUCAAAAUUACAUACACAGGAGAUUCCGAAUUUGAGAUUCCAACAAAAUUCUCAAUCAAACCACAAAGCACACAGAAUUUGCCUAUUUUGUUCAAAUCUAAGAAGAUGGGUCAAUACCGAGGCACACUUGUUGUUACUAAUCUUACUAAGGAAUCAACAGUUAACUACAAUCUUCAAUCUAAUGUUUCAGAACCAUUGGCAGAAGAAAAGAUCUCUAUUAAAUGCCAAGCUCGAAAGAAACAACAAGUUAAAAUCAAUUUACCACAAGGAUUCAUCCAAAACGGAACGGCGAAAGUUACAUCAGAUGUUGCAGUUAUUUCAUUUGAUUCAUACAUCAGUUGCCAAAACAACAAUGCGACAUCACCUCUAACAAUCAAUGUUUUUGCACUUCGAAGUGGUGUUGCAUGUGGCACAUUGACCAUCACAGAUAUCAACUCGGGUUGUUUCAUCUGGUACAUUGUUGAAGUUGAAGUUUCUCGUCCCGAACCAGAAGAAAUCAUCCAAGUUUCAACUAUCGAACGACAACCUGUCCAAGUGACAUUCUCAGUUUUGAAUCCUAAGAAUAUCCAUGUUUCAUUCGAUGUUGUUUUCAGUGAUAAUGAUUUAUCCGGUCAAAGCAAAAUCAUUAUUCCACCUAAAUCUAGCUUUGUUUAUACUAUCGAUUUCAAUCCAUUAUUCUCAAUGAAGCGAACAUCAUAUGUUUGUUUCUACAACAACGAUGAAGGUGAAUACAACUACUUGAUGAACAUCAAUGUUGAUGAAGCAUUACCAUGUGUUUUAGCACCAUUCAAAUCUAUGAUUGGUUCAUCUAGUUCAUCAUUCAUUCAAAUUGAAAACCCAUCCAAAAAAUUAUCUACAUUUCGAUUCGAAGUUGACAACGCAGAUGUUUUCCAUGUUGUUUCUAAACCAACAUUCACAAUUGAUGCACAUGAUAUUAAGAACAUCGAAAUCAAAUACACUCCUAGUAAGAUCGGUGUCAAAGAGACAGGAAUUAUCCGAUUCCAUUCUAAAGAUGCAGGUAACUGGGUUUUCCAAGUCUCAGGAUACGGCAAGCCUCCACAAGCAUUGUCACCUAUGAUUGUUGAGAGUGCAAUCAACCAUUCAGUUUCUAGUUCAGUUGUUUUCACAAAUCCAUUCUCUUUCCCAUGCAUGUUCGAAGCAACAUUGAUCAACGACGAUGACAAAGAGAAUCACUUCAAAUUACUUUCUAAGCGUCGAUCAUACCAGUUCCAAGAAUAUGGUGAGAGUCAACAUAUUUCAUUCACAUUCACAUCUAAUAAACUUGGUCAAUUCAACGGGACUAUCAUUGUUACAACUACAGGCAAAGGAUCACAGAUCUCAUGGAAUUUCCCACUCAUUGGAAUUGCUACACAGAACUCAGAGAACUCUACACCAGAGCUUCAUGGCAAAGCGAACCAAGUCAUUCGUAAGACUAUCGAUCUUCCUCUUGCAGGUGAAACAAACGAACUGAAAGCGAGUGAUUACCAGAUUUCUAUUGAUUACACUAAUGGGAAUGACUGGAUUUCUAAGUACAUGACAAUUUACUCAGAAGAUGUUUAUCAAUCAAAUUACACUAUUAUGUUGAAAGUUUAUAUCCAGUUCAGUCCGAAGCGACCUAUCGAAACAGUCAUCCAUUUGAAGAUCGAAAACGAUAACAAACAGACAUGGCGAUUCCCAGUCAAGAUCCACAUUGAACCAUCACUUGUUUCUAAGAAAAUGACAAUCAUUUCAACAUUGAACAAAGUUGCUAAAGCGAAAGUAUAUUUAGACGAAAUCAUUGAAGAAGACACUGAAUUCCAUGCAUAUUUCAUGCAAGGCUCGGCACAAGAACUUAGUAUUUCACAGAGUGAUGGUAUUUUAGAACCUAAUGAAUCCGAGAUUGCAGAGAUGCCAUUUGAUAUUGUUUUCUUACCACGAACAUAUGGUAAACUUGUUCGCGGCACAUUGAUUAUUGACACCGAAGAAUCAGAAUACAUCUUUGACAUCUUUGGCAAGAUGCCCGACUACAUUCCUCCACAAGUUAGUAAUGGAGCAAUUGAUACUACCAUGCCUGAAAGUGCACGAACACGAAUUGACUCUACCGAACGAAGGCGAACCAACAUGCGUGAUCAAAUUGGUAGAGCACGAAUCACUAAACCUAAGUCCGCACGAAAACCUAAGAGAUUAUCUGCUUAA